CUGACCCCGGAAAUGAUUCUCCCCCCACGCUCGGGAGGGGCGGGCACAGCCACAGGCUCGCCCGGCAUGCCCCGGGCUUCCGGUGACCUCUGGCCCUUCUCUGUCGUCCCCCGCAGCUGCCUGGCGUGGUCGGUGGCGCCUUGCUUUCCUCCUAGUUCCCGGCUUCCUUCCCCCGCUGCCCCGGUGACCGUGGCGCCCGCGACCCGUGGGGCGGCGGUGGCAGAGGACUGUCAGCAUGGCCGCCUCUAAGCCCGUGGAAGUGGCGGCGGCUGUGCCCGGCUCCGGGAGUGGAGUGGGCGGCGGCGGGACUGCAGGCCCUGGCACAGGAGCGGGGACCCUGCCGCGAUGGCAGGUGGCGCUGGCCGUCGGGGCGCCACUGUUGCUAGGCGCCGGGGCCAUGUACCUGUGGAGCCGGCGGCGGAGGCGCCGGGAGGCGGGAGGCCGGGGCGACUCCAGCGGCCUGAAGCGCAACAGCGAGCGGAAGACCCCUGAGGGCAGGGCCAGCCCGGCCCUGGGCAGUGGCCUCCCCGACGGUUCUGGUGCCCCCCUGGAAAUGAACUCUCUUGAUAGAGCCCAAGCAGCCAAAAACAAAGGCAAUAAAUAUUUUAAAGCAGGAAAAUAUGAGCAAGCUAUUCAGUGUUAUACUGAGGCUAUUAGUCUGUGUCCUACUGAGAAGAAUGUUGACCUUUCUACGUUUUAUCAAAACAGAGCUGCUGCCUUUGAACAGUUGCAAAAAUGGAAGGAGGUGGCACAAGAUUGUACAAAGGCUGUUGAACUCAAUCCCAAAUAUGUGAAAGCUCUCUUUAGACGUGCAAAAGCUCAUGAGAAGCUAGACAAUAAGAAGGAAUGUUUAGAAGAUGUCACUGCUGUGUGUAUAUUAGAAGGCUUCCAAAAUCAGCAGAGCAUGCUAUUAGCUGAUAAAGUUCUUAAGCUUCUUGGAAAAGAGAAAGCCAAAGAAAAAUACAAGAAUCGUGAACCUCUGAUGCCAUCUCCACAGUUUAUUAAAUCUUACUUCAGCUCUUUUACGGAUGAUAUAAUUUCUCAGCCCAUGCUUAAAGGAGAGAAGUCUGACGAAGAUAAAGACAAGGAAGGAGAAGCUUUAGAAGUAAAAGAAAGUACUGGAUAUUUAAAAGCCAAACAGUAUAUGGAAGAAGAAAAUUAUGAUAAAAUCAUAAGUGAAUGCUCAAAGGAAAUAGAUUCUCAAAGUAAAUAUAUGGCCGAAGCAUUACUUCUACGAGCUACCUUCUACCUGCUUAUUGGCAAUGCCAACGCAGCCAAACCUGACUUAGAUAAGGUCAUCAGUUUGAAAGAGGCUAAUGUGAAGCUUCGAGCAAAUGCCCUUAUCAAAAGAGGCAGCAUGUACAUGCAGCAGCAGCAGCCUUUGCUGUCUACUCAGGAUUUCAACAUGGCCGCUGACAUCGAUCCACAAAAUGCAGAUGUUUACCACCACAGAGGACAGCUGAAGAUUCUGCUUGAUCUAAUUGGAGAAGCAGUGGCAGAUUUUGAUGAAUGUAUUAGAUUAAGACCUGAGUCUGCUCUGGCACAAGCUCAGAAAUGUUUUGCAUUGUAUCGCCAGGCAUAUACAGGAAACAAUUCUUCACAAAUCCAGGCAGCUAUGAAGGGUUUUGAAGAGGUCAUAAAGAAAUUUCCAAGAUGUGCUGAAGGCUAUGCACUCUAUGCUCAAGCAUUAACAGAUCAACAACAAUUUGGUAAAGCUGAUGAAAUGUAUGAUAAAUGUAUUGAUUUGGAACCAGAUAAUGCCACAACUUAUGUUCAUAAAGGUUUACUUCAACUUCAGUGGAAACAAGAUUUGGAUAAAGGUUUGGAGCUUAUCAGCAAAGCUAUUGAAAUUGACAAUAAAUGUGAUUUUGCAUACGAAACCAUGGGAACUAUUGAAGUGCAAAGAGGAAACAUGGAGAAAGCCAUUGACAUGUUCAACAAAGCUAUUAACCUGGCCAAAUCAGAAAUGGAGAUGGCUCAUCUGUAUUCACUUUGUGAUGCUGCCCAUGCCCAGACAGAAGUUGCAAAGAAGUACGGAUUAAAACCACCAACAUUAUAAAAAAAGGGGAAAGCAGACUGACUUUUUUAAAAAGAAGUUUACCCCCUCUUCAGCUGAACCCUGAAGACACUGUCAUGAACUGUGUUGAAUGGUGGAACUUAGUUUUCCCUUUGUGAUGUUGUCAUUCAUUACAUCUGUUUCAUGUUUAGGUGUUGUGGGUGUGGCUGCUGGAGGAAGUUUGAGUCUUGUAGCUUUUAUUCCCUGUGCAACAAAAGCUUCGAACCUGUUAAAGGGAUAUUAAAAUAAAGUUGUAGAGGACAAACAAUAAUUGGCCAUGCAAAUAAAAACUUUGAUUUGUUGAUUUUUUUUAUAUGGGGGUGGGGAUUGUGUUCUGAAAGAUUUUGUUUUUAUAGAUGUUUGUAUAAUAUGAGUGUUUUAUAGUAUGUUGGUCUUUAGCAUUAGUAAGUGCUGUAAAAUAGACUUCUUUUAUAUUCAAUUAACCCUUUUUAAUUUUUUGGAAGAUGAAAAACUUAAAUGUGGAGCACACUAAAAUUGAGACCCUUUAAGCUGUUGUCCGCAUGCACAGUGCCUCUGAUUCUGUAGAAUGUUAGUAAAUUAUGCAGAAGCAAAAUAAUUCUGAUUGAUAUUUGUGCAGGAAGAUUGUUAAUGAGGGACUGAAACCAGAAAAGAGGUAAGAUGAAAGAUAAGUGUGUUUGUAAUUGCCCAUGUCUCUUCCAUAGUAAGUACUAUUUAAUAGUAUACUUUUUAAAGAUAAUUGGUUUAUGUGUAUAACCCCACGUAAAGAUGGAAUAAGUGUGAUGAUAUAUAGGAAUAUUUAAUUAGUUUAAAUUUUCUAGUAAUAAGGUAUGGCUAAUGGUUCAAAAAGGAUAUAAAUCCUGUAGCCAGAGCAUCUAUUUUUUUGAGAUGACAAGUUUAGUGCUUUAGCUAUGGCUAUAUGCGCUUAAGGAAUUUUAAGCCAGUAUUUUCAAAGAUUCCCAAUAGUACAUUGAAUACUUUUUGUAAUGAGGUAACCCUGACCUCGAAGGACUAAUGGCCCAUGUCCACGUCUUCACUAGGGAUACUGACAGCUGACUAUAGUUGUGUUCUUUUGGUUUUUAUCUGUACCUCAUUUUUGUGAAUCAAUUAAGGUGUGUUUCCAUUUGUCACUUUCACAGACUAUUUUUUGCUUAUUUAUAUGCUGGAUUCUUCUGGUGGGGGAAGGACUGUGUUCUUAAUGAGUGUUUCUAAGCUAAGAUCCAGGACAGGAAGGGGUUUAUUUAAAUGAAAUAAUAAAAGAGGGAGUCUUCUGUUAACACUUUUACGGACACGAAGUCUAACUAUAGUUUACAUUGUUGAGAGUAAAGGAACAUUUUACACUCUUUUUAAAGGGUGCUUUAUCCCAUUGAAAACCAAAAAGAUUUUGUCAUAAAUGCUGUCCUUUUAGAAACUACUAGAAAUGACUCCUCUUACAAAGUUAGUCUUUGGACAAUAUUGAGAAAGCCUCAGACUGAUUUUUAAUAGGAGCAGUUAGCAUAAUUUAAGGUAACUGGGAUAAUGGAAAGUUGGAGAUCUCUUCAUUUUGUUCUCAAUCUCCUACUAUGAUAACCCUUAAAUACAGAAAUGUUCUACAUCUCUAAGUGUGACCUCUUGCUUUAAAACCAAGUUUUUAUUUGCAUGGCUGUAUUUACAUUAAUACCAACAUUUUCUUCUACUCUCUCCCUUCCUCUUGGGGAGGAAAAAGCUGACGCAUGUGCCAUUCAGUACUGUCAUUCCAAAUUCUCACAGCCUUUUGCCUAUUGUGAACAUAUUUGAAACUGCACUGAAAGCUGCAUCUGUCUGUAUCUUUUCUUUUGUAAAUGACCUCACAUGUAAAUUCACGAAUAAAUACUACAUUCAA